AUGGGAUGUUCUCAAUCCAUCAGUGUUAGAGAAAUAGUCGAUUGUGGAGAAAAGCAAAUUUCAGAUCAUGUUGAUCAUGACCAUUCAUUAACUAAAGCAAAUGGUGAGAAAAGAAACUCUCAACUGUAUAGUUUAGGAGCUGCUCUUCUUAUACAAAAAUGGUACCGGCGUUAUCAAGCACGUCUGGAAGUCAAACGAAGAUGCGCUUGGAUGAUUUAUCAGACAUUAGAGUAUGCAGGCGAACAAAAUCAUGCAAAGCUAUACGAUCUAUUUCAUGAUCUUAUAUCACACGCAUCCAGUGGAGAAACAGGAAACACCGAUGUUAAUUCUGACUGUCCACAUAGUCCAGAUGUAAGAUUUUUAACGAUUCCAGAAACUGACAUUGAUGAACCGUUAGAUUUAAAUAUUUGGAAUGGUGAUUGGUUACCAUCAAUACCGUCAAAUUAUCAAGGAAUAAAGUUGUACUUUCCCAUAGAUAUGAAUCAAGUUGCCAUGAUGAUGGAAUCAUUUGUUAAUGGAUAUCAACUUCACGCAAGAUAUGUAUUUCAAAUUUUAUGCGAAUCCAGACAAUGUAUCAUGUCACGUCCAAAUAUUCAAAUGGCAUCAACAUCAAUAUCUCGACAUAUUACCGUUGUUGGUGACCUACAUGGACAAUAUAGUGAUCUUCAAAUUAUUUUAUAUAAAAACGGGAUGCCAGAAGUAACGAAUCCUUACGUAUUCAAUGGAGAUUUUGUUGAUAGAGGUAGAAAAUCUGUAGAAACAUUAUUAACUAUCUUAUGUUUAAUGUUGGUUCGACCAACUUCAGUAUUUAUAAAUAGAGGCAACCAUGAAGAUCUUUAUGUAAACUGUCAAUAUGGAUUUAUAAAGGAAAUUCAAAAGAAGUAUAAAUCUUCAGCUGGUAUGCUAGUGAAAUGUUUUGCAGAAUUUUAUCGUUAUCUUCCGGUGGCCACAUUAAUUGACGAUAAAAUUUUUGUCUGUCAUGGUGGUAUAUCAGAUGAAACUGAUUUGAACACAUUAGGAGAUUUAAACAGAUUCUCAUACUUUACACUUUUAAAACCAGUGGAUGAAUUAAUCUCAAACAGUGAUAGUAAAAAACAGUAUCAAGAUUUACUUUGGAGUGAUCCACAAACACAAUCAGGAUUAUUAAUGAAUGAAAGGCGUGGUUUAGGGUGUUCAUUUGGUCCUGAUAUUACAAACUUAUUUUUGAAUAAACAUAAUUUAAGCCUACUUAUUCGUUCACAUGAAUGUAAACCUGAAGGAUUUGAAUGGUCACAUAAUAAACAAUUAUUAACUAUAUUCUCAGCAUCAAACUAUUAUACAGAUGGUUCAAAUCGUGGCGCCAUUGCUAGAAUUUCUGCUGAUGGUUCUAUACAAAUAAUACAAUAUGUAACUGGUGGACAGAAGAAAUUCAAAACACUAAGACAAAAAAUUGAAAGGGAAUUUCAAUCACUUGAUCCUACAAAUACUGGCAGAAUUUCUAAAUUAGAAUGGUGUAAAGCAAUGGAAAAAGUGUUGGAUUUAAAGUUACCAUGGAGUACACUUCAACCACGUUUAGUUGUUACAUCUAAAAUACCAAAUCAAGUAGAAUAUUUAACAACAUUUCAAAAACUUACUACUUAUAAUACCCCAUCAAAGGUGCCACCUUCAGUCACUGAAGAAAUGUAUAAAUUUCGUGAUGUACUUGAAGGAAUAUUUAGAGCAAUGGAUAAAGAUAAUUCAGGUCGAAUCUCAUUAAAUGAAUUUAAACAAGCUUGUUUACGUUUACCUAAAUGGACAAAAAUCGAUGAACAAAUAGUAAUGGAUAUGGCACGUUCAAUUGAUAUUAAUAAAGAUGGUUUAAUUGAUUUCAAUGAAUUUCUAGAAACAUUUAGAUUAGUUGAAUCCGAUCAUGAUCAUUAUGAAUCAAUAACUGAUCAACAAAUAGAUGAAUGA